CGUCAUUCUGCGCACACACACACACACACACAGCCUUUUGGUCGACGGGACGGACUAGACUUUUAUCCUGUGUGUCUGUCCCAGGUCCAGCUUAUGUGCAUAUUGUCGCUAUCGACACGACACUUGAACGCCGCGUUUCUGCUGCUGCUUCUUCUCUCCGCCAAGUCCUUGGUUGUAGCCCUGCUGAGGGGUGUUUGGUUCUUGUGGUGGGUGGAGUACCUCUCUCCAGCAGCCAUGUCGGGCUUCAAUCUUCUGCAUCUAAUAACCAAGAGCCAGCCUGUAGCUCUGAGAUCCUGCAGUCUUCCCUCAGGAGCAUGUAGAACUAAGAAGACAUGGCCAGUGAGCUUUUCUCAGGAGGAUCUGAGAAAGCGCCUCACACCGAUGCAGUAUCAUGUUACCCAGGAGAGAGGAACUGAGAGGUAGGACGGCUCACUGUAAACACUG